AUGGGGGCCCCGCCCUUGCUGUUCCUGCUCGUGCCCGUCUUCAAGCUGCUGCUGCUGCUGCUGCUGCUGCUGCUGCUGCUGCUGUCUGUGGUCUUUGACCCGCUCCUCUCGGGCCUCGACCUGCCCUGCAUCGCCAUCCCCCUGCGGCUCAACAAGCCUGUCCCUGCUGGCAUCAGCCGCUUCCUCCUGCCCUGCCGCCCGGCUGGCAAAAAAUAG